GACAGUUCUCUGCCACGCCCAGCAAACAUGAGCAACAUGAAGGGCGGCUUUUCCACACUAAAUCGCUGGUUUGGCCGCAAAAAGGAUAAAUCAGGCGUUGCCAGCGCCGCGUCGAAUGGGAAACUAUCGAAGUCGACCACACAGCUGCAUCAUCUGUCGACGGAUGCGAGCAUCCAUAAUAUAAAUGAGGCUAGUCAGCUGGAUUACAAUCGGAUUACGCCGCUGCCGGCGGCGACCAGCAAUGCGCCGUUCGAGCAAACAUUUCGGAUAACGGUGCUGCUGCCCAAGGAUCAGCUCUAUGUGAGUCGCUUGGGUGCGCGAGUGCCGCUGUCCAAGCUGCUGUCGCUCGUGUGCGACAACAAGCAGCUGGAUGCGGAUAAAUACGAGUUCAGGAGUCCAGUGGACGCUAGUCAGGUGUACAGCUUGGAGUCGAGCAUAGGCGCCGUGGGCUUGUCGGAAAUACGGCUCUGCCACAAGUCCGAGUCAUACGAUAGCUUCAAUGCCGACUCGAUGCUCAAAUUUCAACGCACGGCGACGGCGCGAGAUUCGAUGAGCAGCAGCUCGGACUUCAGCAGCAGCCGCCACUCGCAGUCGAAGCUGACGCUGGCCAAGACCCCCAGUCCGUACAGCUCCAGCAACAGCCUGAACUCCAUGGACUCCACGGGCAUGAACUACACACGGACGCCAGUGGUGGUGCCGCCGGCCAAAGUGAUGGCGGCGCCGCCGCGCAAGAAGCGCGUCGCGCCACGCCCACCCAGCCAGUUGGCCAUACCCGAGCAGGCGGUGGCACAGUUUACGCCCACGCCCACGACCACGCCCACUCCCAGCGCGGAGCCCGCCUAUGCGGUGAUAGUCAAGCGUCCACAGCUCUGCAUGUCCACACCGAAUCUGAGCAGCUUGCCCACUCCAGAGCUGGAGCGGGAGCGGGAGCGGGAGCCGGCGCUGGACUGCAAUGGCAACAGCGAGAAGACGCUGGAUGAACUGGAUGAUGCUGGUCACUAUGCCACGCUGGAGCGCAAGGCUUCGCCGACGGCGUCGCUGCCAGAGCCAACGCCACGCAAGCGGCUGAUCCAAAUAAAGAAGAAGACAGCGCCGGCACCGCCGCCCACAGAUGCGCAGUCGCCAGCAGCGGACAGCAUAUCGCUCACAUCCACGACGGCAUCCAUAGCGUCCAUGCCGUGUCCACAGCCAGCGCCUAGGAUUACAACGCCCACGCCCGCGCCUAAUCCCAAGCCCGCCGAGCUGGAGCUGGAGCUACCGCCUGCGCUGCCUGCAACUGCUGCGCCCACAACAACAGCAGAUCCGGCCACGCCCACCAGCAAUGUGUCCAAGGUGAUGCUGAAUCGCACGCUCACGCCCGAGCCGCGCUCGCUUAGCAGCGCCAACGAGGAGGAGGAGGAGGAGGACGACGACGAGGAGAACAAUGAUGCCGCCAGCAAGCAGGCGGACUCCGGCAUAGGCGAGCCCGCGCCCUCGCCACCGCCCUCGCCCUCACCCGAGCCGGAUACCGAAACCGAAACCGAAGUGAAGCAGCUGGACAGCAGCAGCAGCAGCAGCUCCGAGGAGGAUGAGGAGGCCAUCAAGGUGUACAACUUCAAGACUUCGUGUCAGACAAGCGUCAAGCCACAAGUGGAGCCAACGCCCACGCUGGAGGAGCUCAACAAAGCGGCGCAGGCGGAGGAGGAGGAGCUGGAGCAGCUGGAGCAGCCAUCGCUGCAAGCUGAGCUGGCCACGCCCAGCAGCACCAGCGAGCUGACAUCGCUCAGCUCCUGGAACUAUGCACCCGUGCCCAUAUCGCCGCCACCAGAUUUCUCGGACGGCACACAGCAGACGCAGCCGCAGCAGCAGCCGCAGCAGCUGAAGAGCAGCGCUGCCAGCUCACCGCUGGAGGAGAUUGUCGACGAGCUGAGCACGCUGAUCAGUCAGCAGCGUCUGGACACGCUCAUACGCAAACAGUCGCCGGAGCCGGCAGAGAUCGAAGCAGCCAAGCCCAAUCGCUUGGCCAACUUUAGCAUUGCGGCUAUAAGCAAUGGAAAUGGCAAUCAAAAUGCCCCCAGCAUAGCGCGUGCCGACUCCUUUCAAGCGCCACGCCCACUUGCAGAGGCGGCGCCAUUGAGCGCGCGACUGCGCAGCGCUUCGCAGUUGUCGCUCAACAAACUGGAGCUGGGCAAUGGCUCAGCGCUCAGUCAGCAGCGACGCUCGAGCAGCGAGCUGAGCAUAGGCGAGUCGCCCUCACUGCAGAGUCUGGAGCUGAUCAAAACGAUACUGAGCAACUCACGCAAGAGCAGUCUGGUGGACGAUGCCGAGAAACCAAAGAGCGCGCACGCAGCUGAGCGAGAGCCCGAACCUGAGCGCGAGCGCGUGGCGCCGCUGCCAGCGCCAAAGCCGAAGCCGAAGCCGGCGCCAGCAGCUACAACUUAUCGCUACUCUGGACCGCCCAGCAUUAACUUUGCCACUUGGAGCGAGCGCCCCAAGUCGCAGGUGGCGAUCAAGAACGAGGGCGAUUAUAUAUUCGGUGGCAUUACCACAGCCACAGCCACAGCCACAGCAGCGACGCCAGCGUCGAAGCCAGCGCCUGUCGCAGCCACGCCCGUUACGCCUGUAACGCCUGCUAAGCUCACCAUCGAGAUUGCCUCGCCCAUUCUGCGCAUGGGCAUUCCACGCAAGGAGUACCAUGUGCCCAUCACAGUCAAGCCGCUGCGCGAUGACGGCAGCGACAGCAAAGAGCAGCCGCAGUCGCCGCCAGCGCCGCCCUUGAAGCCCACAACGCUGCCGCGUCCUGCUAAGAAUCAGCGCUAUACGCUGCCAGCGUCAACAGCGCUGCCGCGACCGCUGUCAACGCUAGAGCAGCAGCCGCCAACAGCAGCAGCAGCCGAAGCAGCGCCCUUUGGACAAAACACUUUGAGACGCACUGGCUUUAAGGAGCGCAUGCUCGAGCGUGAGCUGCAGGAGAAGGAGCAAGCGCUGCGCGUGCGCGUUGCAGUUAACGGCACAGCAGCAGCAGCGCCUGCGUCAGCGUCAGCGUCAACGCCGCCAGCAACAGCUGCAAAGCCAACGUUUUUGAAAAAACCAGAACCGCCAACGUCGCUGCAGCUGAAACUGCGCAGCAGCAGCCCACAGUCAACGCCAGCAGCAACGCCUACGCCUACGCCGCCGCCGCCGCCUAUGCUGCUGCCCAAGCUGAAGCCAGCGCGCAGCAGCGUCGCUGCCACAAGCCCCACAGCGGCAGCGACAGAUCCGCGCAAUGCGCUGCUCGACGCAAUUCGCAACUUUAAGCGUGAGGAGCUCAAUCGCGCUUGAGCGAGCGAGACAGCAAUAGCGAACGAUAGCACAAAACAAAACAAACAUUUAUAUUUUCUUUUCAUUUGAAUUUUACACUGUAAAUAAUUAACCAGCUGCUUUGGCUGCAAACUGCGAAUGUUGUAUAUGAAGUUUUUAAUUUAAUAAUCAUUUUUUUAUUAAUUACCAAACAGCGCGGACAUGCAUACACAAGUUUAACUAUUAUUAAUGUCUUGUUAUGAAGUAUAUAAAUUUAUGCAUUUUUUUUUUUAACAUUUGUUUUAGUUC